UGUGCUAGUUGCUACUGACGGCAAUAGCUAGUAAAGAAUUAUAUGAAGUGACUUACACUAGUAUGACGAUCGAGCUGGUGAAGAACGGCACCCAAAGACUAUCUGCUGCGAUCAUCCAACCCUCAUUUGUCGAGAGCAUUUUGUCGUGUGGAGAUACAUUGUACUUUUCAAUUUGAAUGAACUUUUUAUUCUGCAAUGCAUCAAACGCGAGGAAAGCUAAGGGAAACGUUCCAGAAGCAUGACGUCGAUUCUUCCGGGGAGCUGUGUGUCUCCGAGCUCAGCACAGCUUUGAAAGAUUUAGGAAAUCCAGUCAGCGAUGGCGAGCUCCAAACAGUUCUGCGCAAGAUCGACAAGGAUGGUUCAAAGCAUGUAAACUUCGAGGAGUUUUGCUUGCUCUUUGAUGAAGCAGCGCUUAGGAACACGUUCUCCGAGUUUGACACUGACCACAGUGGAAGUAUUACUGUCCAUGAACUGCGAGCUGCUCUGGAAAAACUGGAUGUACAUUUAACAACUGCACAAGCAACGCGGCUCCUGUCAUCGGUGGACAUUAGCCAAGAUGGUGAGGUAUCGUUUGAGGAGUUUCAGAAGUUCUUCGACACGGUGCCGAUGGCUGACCUGCGUACCAUAUCGCAGCGCUGGUUACAGUUGAGCGGUGUGGAUAUUGGCAGUGACCUGAGCGUACCCGUACCUCCAAGCAAUAUGCCCCUGUGGAGGUUCGUCUUGGCGGGCGGUUUAGGCGGAGUGUGCUCGAGGACGUUUACCGCUCCGCUAGAACGUGUUCGCAUCGAAGCGCAGGUCGGCCGCUCUGUUAGCGGGGUGUUGUCGGCAAUGCGACAGAUCACUGCAAAGAGUGAGCUUGGCUGGAGGGCUCUGAUGGCCGGAAACGGAGCAAACUGCGUGCGCGUGUUUCCGCAUGCCGGAAUCGCAUGCCUCACGUACGCGUCACUCGUAAAGUAUUUGCCGUCCGACGGCAAGCUGGAUCGCUAUGAGUACAUGUGGCGUGCACUUGCCGGUGGUUGUGCAGGUGUCACGGCAACAUGCUGUACAUAUCCUCUAGACGUGGUGCGAACGCGGCUUGCUGUGAACGGCGGUGACGCGCACUACCGUAGUAUGGGAAGUGCCCUCAAACACAUCCACUCCACGGGCAGCUUGUGGAAGGGCAUCCGACCAACACUGUUGGCCGUUGCGCCGUUCGUUGCCAUCCAGCAGGCGACGUACGACGUCAUCAAGAUGUCCGCCAUGGAGUACGGCAACGUCCAGCCCAGCGUAGGGUUCUUCCUGACGUGCGGUGCCGCUGCGGGCUUGACUGCUCAAACCGUCGUCUAUCCGCUGGAUCUUAUCCGACGGCGAAUGCAGGCCGACGUCGUCACCAAGGCUGCGGACGUCUCGGCGGCAAAUCAAACCAAGCGCGCGGUCGUCACACACUAUACUUGGCUGGCGCUGCGCGAUGUGGUGAAGCAGGAAGGCGCGCCUGGUCUGUUCCGCGGUAUGUGGCCAACGUUUCUCAAGGUCGCGCCGGCCAUUGCGGUUUCCGUCACCGUUAGAGAUGCAGUGCUGGGUCGACUGUAACCAAACAUUCGAAACUGGCAGGCAUUGAUUGGAUGAUUGGAGCAACAUGGAUUUUGACAGCAGGUAGUUCAUUACCGAAUGGACUAACACUUUGCUUGGUGAUAGUCCAGGUCCGAGGCACUCGUUUAUCAAACUCUUUGUGCAGGCAACAGCAGCAGCCUACCGUGUUGCAGUCUACGCAACUCACUGAGUGGGACGUAAUAUUAUGGAGACUUCAUUCGGUUCGCUGUAAUUCGCUGUGAUUUUUAUAGAAACGAAGCUCUCGUCAAAACUUGAAUCAAAACUUGAAUCCUUUCAUCUAUAUUUAAUUUAGGAUGUGCUCAUGAAUAGAUAGUACGCACGACACAAGCCAGAGCAUUUUUUUAUUGGCAGGCCUGUCUUCUUGCUCAAUUGCAAUGUUGAUUUACAUAAGUCAUAGUAUGUGUGUUCACAUGUGUUGCCGCUCUUCUGGAGAGACUUGCAACUGUCGGACACCCACCCAACUGAAAACUGUGACAAAGUACAUGUAUCGCACUUUAA